GAAAAGAACAUAGUGCGCGGAGUAUAAGAUGCCACGCCAUCACCCUCCAUUGGUUUUCCUUGCACUGUGUGAGAGAGGCAUUUGGCUUCUAACAGCACUGUGGAAGAUGAGCAUUCUGCGUGGAGCGAUCUUCGGCUCCUUGCUGUGCGGAAUAGCACUCCAUCUUUCUCUUGCCUUAGCACAGCCCUCAGGGUUCGUAAGUAUUGAUUGCGGCAGCAAUGAAGAAAGCUACGUGGAUGGUACCACUGGAAUCACGUACACGUCUGAUUCCAACCUCACGAAAUCUGGAGAAAUUAGAGAUGUCCCCAUUGAUAACAUCGGUACAAAUCCGAAGCACCUCUGGCAUCUUCGGACUUUUCCAGAAGGAAGGAGGAACUGUUACACGCUGCAGCCGCUCAUUCCAGGCUCCAGCUAUUUACUUCGGCCGUCUUUCUUAUAUGGGAAUUUCGAUCGGUUGGAUUCGUUCCCACCGUUUGAUUUGUAUCUUGAGAACACAUUUGUUCAGACGGUAAAUGAAUCCGUAGAGUACGAGUUCAUAGUGAAGCCAAGGAGGAGCUACCUCACGCUUUGCCUCUGCAAGACAAAUAAGCGCGAUCCCUUCAUAUCAGCCAUUGAGCUUCGCCCUCUACCGGGGGAUGCCAUUUAUCCAGUCGUUAAUGCUACGCUGGCUCUAAGAAAACUGCAGAGAAACGAUUUUGGUUCAAGGAAUGGCGAGCGGUACAGGUAUCCGGACGACGCUUUUGAUCGUGUUUGGCUGCCCCUUGAGCCAACUAAUCGCUUGGUGGCCCCUAUCAACACCUCCCUCGAAAUUUCAGUAGAAACCGAUCUAUAUAUGCCACCGUCGAAAGUGAUGCAAACUGCUGAUUGCAAGCCACAGUCCCCUGACGCAAUAGGCUGGAAUCCAUCAUAUGUCCCUCAAGACAGCUUCUUAUUCAUGUGCAUACAUUUUGCAGAAUUGGAAAAACUAGAGGCAAAUGAAACCAGAGAGUUCAACGUCUUAUUGGAUGAAGCGCAUUUCUAUGGACCCAUCACACCUUCAUAUCUAAAAGCUAUGAACGUGUGCUCUCCUGGCUUCUAUACUCCUGGCUUAUAUAGAGAUCAAAAUACUCCCCUUGUAGUGUAUAAACCAACAGAAAGAUCUACACUUUCUCCUAUUGUAAAUGCCAUUGAACUUUACGCUGCUUUACAACUAUCCAGUUUGGUAACUGAUGAUGCAGAUGUCAGCUCUCUGCUUCAUAUUAGGGAAAAGUAUCAUAUAACUAAACCUUGGACUGGGGAUCCUUGUCUGCCUCUAAACUAUGCAUGGGAAGGAUUGGUUUGCAGCAAUGAUACAUCAUCCAAGCUGAGGGUUAUUUCACUCGAUUUAUCAAACUGUGGAUUGAGUGGUGAGAUAUCAACAAGUUUGGCCAACCUUACCGCCAUUGUCAGUUUGAAUUUGGCAGGGAACAACUUUGUAGGUAGCAUACCGGACUUUCUUUCUAAUCUAGCGCAAUUGAGGGAUUUAGAUUUGGCUGGCAAUAGCUUGACUGGUAGCAUACCAGAUUUUUUCGCUAAUCUAACGCAGUUGAGAGAAUUGAAUUUGUCAGACAACAAUCUUAACGGUUCGGUGCCAGAUGCUCUUCUCCGUAAAAAGGAAAGUGGAAACCUUGCUUUGAGAAUUUCAGGCAACGAGCAACUUUGCUCUUCAGGUGCUUGUGAAGUGCACCAAAGAAAAAGUAGCCAUGAGGGCAUCGUCAUUGGGUCAAGUGUUUCUGCAGCUAUAUUGUUUCUCUCGGUAGCGUCUUCAAUAAUUGCUGUAAAGACGAGAAAAAAAAAGCUUGCUCAAACGGUAGAGAAGCGUACUGGGCCUCAAGCCGUCACGUUCUCAGAGGUAGUCCAGAUGACCGACAAUUUUAGACAAAAAAUCGGUGAGGGUGGAUAUGGCCCUGUGUUCAUUGGUCAUCUAUGUGAGCAAGAUGUGGCUGUCAAGGUUCUUUCUGAUAAAUCCAGCCAAGGGUCAAAGGAAUUUUAUACAGAGAUUUCUCUGCUCUCAAGGGUUCACCACAGAAAUCUUGUGUCCUUUUUGGGUUAUUGCGAUGAAGCUGAGAACAUGAUUUUAAUAUAUGAGUACCUCUCAAAAGGAAAUCUUCGAGAAAUUUUAUCCGGAAAGACGCAAAUUCAUUUGGAUUGGAAUCAACGACUUCAAAUAGCUCUAAAUGCUGCUCAAGGGUUGGAAUACCUGCACUCGGGAUGCAAGCCUGCGGUCAUCCACAGAGAUGUGAAGAGCGCCAACAUUAUUUUAAAUGAUAAACUUGAAGCCAAACUUGCAGACUUUGGUUUGUCAAAAUCUGAUAUGCCCGAUGGUGUCAGCUACAUAUCAACUGCCGUUGUGGGGACCCCUGGUUACCUAGACCCAGAAUAUUCUUCAACAAAUUGGCUCAAUGAAAAGAGUGAUGUUUACAGUUUUGGAGUUGUACUCUUGGAACUCAUUUCAGGACAACAGCCUAUUAUGGUUGAACCUUCAGGAGAAAAAAUUCAUGUUGCUGAAUGGAUACAUGGAUAUCUUCAAAAAGGCAACCAUAAGACUGUUGCAGAUCCAAAUCUUGCUGGAAGGUACAAUGUCACUUCGUUUUGGAGGGUUGCAGAUGUGGCACUUGAGUGUACCACAGACAAAAGGAUCAAAAGGCCAAGCAUGAACAGCGUAGUAAUCCAAUUAAAGGAAGCCAUUGCAUUGUGCAAUCCGGUGUCGCACUUUGAGAUUUCAGACGGUGUUGCCCCACAGAAAUCAGAAGCAUUCAUCUCUCCCUGCAUUAACAACCCUAUAGUUGAUGAAGAAAUUCAGGUUAAUCCUUACCCAAGAUAGGAACUAAGCAGCCCAUCAACUCUUUGAGUGGCCUUUUCUGCUUAUGCUUCUUGCUCUUGUUAACUGCUGGUGUUGUUUGAAAGUAUAACAAUGGGAGAAUUUCAUGCAAUACACGUCCUAUAGAGUAAGUUUCACCAAUACAUCUCACGAAUAGAAGUAUCGAGCAGCCACGUGAAUGAGUGAAGUUGCAUCACUGAUUGAUGUAACCUUGCAAGUUUUAAGGAUGUUGUUCUGAAUUCCAUUUUUUUUUUCACGUUCAAAUUAAGAUCCAAUUCACAUUAAGGUUAUAAGGUCAAAAUGUUGUCGCCCA